AUGCAAAUAACGGUCUCAUCAUCCCCCCUGUCACUGGAGGAAAAGGAGGAACAACUGCGUAAUAGGCUACUUGCUAAAACAAGGCAACGCCUAGAGGAACCUGAUGCGAAGGUCAGGCCAAGCCGGGAUGAUGAAGCCGAAGAAGAGGAAGACGUCGAGUUGUUCCAGGUUCAACCGAAGGAAAAGCGUGUUGAGCGGCCUCGUAUAACCUACACAGAUCGCGAUCGGGAUCGGAAAGAUAAGGAGCGAUCAAAAGUUCGCGAAAAGGACCACGAUCGAAGAGAGCGCAGUGCUGAACGUCGGCGCGCAGAGCACACCAAGCAUGGAAGUCGUCACAGCGAUCGCCGUUUGGGUGAACGCCCACGUUCUGAUCGGCGACACGAGGAUCGCGAAGGGUUCAUCGCCAAGCACCGAAAGCGUGAAAAGGAGAAGGAGAAGGAGCGAGGUCGGGACAAGGAGCGACGGGAUCGCGACAAGGAGAAAGAUAAAGACCGAAAGCGAACGAAGAGAAGUAGAACGAAGUCACCCGGAGAAGCCGAUGACGAGAAAAGACCAAAGUUGGAGGAGGUGGUCGACAAGAUCGAGAUCAAAGACGAUCCGCAGUUUGCGAACCGUAGCCCAUCUUAUGAACAAGUUGAUGAAGAGAUGGGCGAUGCUGAGCAGCGGGAUACUGACGACGAAAAAGCUCGCAAGCCCGGCUACUCAAAGUUUGAUAGUGACAGUGAGAACGAGGACGAGAAGAGGGGCUAUGGUGAUUUUGACUCUCCAGGGCGCUCGCCUGUCAUAUUACGUGACUCGGACGACGAUCUGGUGACUGCUCAAGAUAUCGAGGACGAAGAUGAGCAAGAUGAAGAGUUUGCCUUUGACCCGACCCUCAUCCCAUUCGACGAAUUGACGGAUGAGCAGAAGGCUCGGUUGAGCCCGUUCACGCUCAAGGACCUGGAGACGAGAUGGCAGAAGACCCUUAUACGACAGCUGCCUAUUUAUUAUGCGGGGAUUAUGGGGUGUCGCAAUGUUCGCGAGUACGAUUGCAUGAACAAAGUGGAGGAGGGUACAUUUGGGGUCGUUUAUCGGGCGAAGUGUCGGCGCACAGAGGAAGUGGUAGCUUUGAAGCGGUUAAAGAUGGAGAAGGAGCGUGACGGUUUCCCGAUCACGUCUCUGCGCGAAAUCAACAUGUUGCUGAAGUCUGGGAGUCACCCUAAUAUUGUCAAUGUCCGCGAGAUCGUGAUCGGUGACAACGUGGACAAGAUUUUCUUGGUGAUGGAAUUCGUCGAGCACGACCUGAAAAGCCUGAUGGACACGAUGAAGCGCCGGAAUAAGUUCUUCGAAGUUGGUCAUGUCAAGACGCUCCUGAAACAGCUGCUCUCCGGACUCGAUCACAUGCACAAUCUUUGGAUCCUGCAUCGAGAUCUGAAAACAUCGAACCUGCUUAUGACGCACAACGGCAUUCUGAAGAUCGCCGAUUUCGGGUUGGCCCGAGAAUACGGCGACCCGCUCGAGCCGUACACCGAGAUUGUCGUCACGCUCUGGUAUCGAGCACCGGAGUUGCUGCUAGGCGCUAAGCUAUACUCAACGCCCAUCGACAUGUGGUCUGUGGGGUGCAUCAUGGCCGAGUUCAUCCGGCUGAAACCGCUAUGGGCGGGGAGCGGGGAGCCGGAUCAGUUGCGCAAGAUAUUCAUGGAUUGUGGCACGCCGCAAGUGGACAAAUGGCCGGGUAUUGAGCAGCUCGAGAACUGGAAAAAGCUGCAGUUUGAGCACUUCCCGUACAAUCAGCUCAGGAAAAAGUUCGAUUCUCAAAUGCUGAACCAAACUGCGUGGGAGCUGCUGAACUCGAUGUUGACCUACAACCCUGACAAGCGCUACACGGCCACGCAAGCUCUCAAGUCGGCAUGGUUUAAGGAGGAACCAUUGCCGAUACCAUCCGAACAAUUCCCCACCUUCCCAGCCAAGAGCGAAGGAGGGCGCGGCCCGCCGAAGAAGGUCGAACCGGAAGCACCGAGGGGACAUGUGGAAUUGGACGAAAACACAAAGGACCUCCUCGCCGGCUUAAACAUCCCGAUGAAGGCGGCGGCUAGCAGCAGCGGCUUCGCGCUCAAAUUCGACAAAACUCGCUUC